AUGGAAAACGCUAAAGAGGAAGGAGAGAAGGAGGAGAAGGAGGAAACGGUAUCUCCGAUGAGAGCAUAUCUUAAGCUCUGGUCCUUUGCAUCUCCGCUUGACAUACUCCUUCGGGGUAUUGGCGCGCUCGCGGCUGCAGGCAGUGGAACGGCUGAACCCUUAAUGGCUAUCAUUUUUGGCAAGCUCGUGGAUCUCUUUAACGGCGACCUACCUAUAUCCCCAGAGGAGUUUCGAUCGAAAGUCAAUGAGAAUGCGCUCUACUUCGUGUACUUGUUCGUCGGAAAGUUUGUAUUGGUGUACAUUGGGGCUACCUGUUUCAGUAUCACAUCCUCAAGAAUGACGGCGAAGAUUCGGCUUCGGUACCUUAGAACAGUGCUACACCAGCCGAUAUCCUACUUUGAUAAAACCGCACCAGGCACUAUUGCUACCAGUCUGGCUAAUGACACUAAUAUCGUCCAAGUAGGAUUAGCUGAAAAGCUUGGAAUUAUUUGUCAGGUUAUCUCAAUGAUUCUCAGUUCCUUUGUGAUUGCAUUCACGAAGAACUGGAAGCUCACCCUUGUCACUGCUACCAUUGUUCCUUACAUGGUCAUGUCCACUAUGAUCUUCGGUGCACUCAGUACGCAAACGGAGUCGAAGGGGAAUGAAAUACUGGAUACUGCCGCAGGUGUUGCUGAAGAAGCCCUCAGUAGUAUACUCAAUAUUACUGCUAUGGGAGCAAGCGAGAAAAUGGUGCGUCGGUUCGAUGAGUACCUGAGGAAAUCUUCAACAUUCUUGAAAAGGAUUGGUCCAUACAUGGCUGGGAUCUACGGCAAUAUGUUUUUUGCAAUGAACGCCGGGUACGCACUUGCUCUGUUCUAUGGUGUGAAGCUUGUCUCUAAGGGCGAGGUCACUUCUGGAGGAACUAUUGUUGUUGUCUUGUUCUGUAUGAUUAUGGCAUCUAGUGCUAUGGGUUUCAUUGCCCCUCUGAUACCCGAUUUCUCGAAAGCCGCCGCUUCUGCGGCGCAAAUCAUCAAAAUGAUAGGAGACCCGAAAGAAGGUAAAAAGCUGAAGCCUGAUAGCUCAGGAGUUAAACUUGAUAAUUUGCACGGAGAAUUGGAGCUGAAGGACCUAUCGUUUACAUAUCCGGAGCGACCAACAGUCACUGUCUUGGACAAUAUAAACCUGCGGAUUCCAGCUAAUAAAGUCACUGCAAUUGUUGGUCAUAGUGGAAGUGGGAAGAGCACCGUCGUCGGCCUUGUCGAGCAAUGGUAUGGAGCUAGCAAAGGUUCUAUUCUCAUCGAUGGCCACGACAUUAACAACUUAGACUUGCAAUGGUGGAGGAGUCAGAUUGGCUUGGUGCAACAGGAACCAAUGCUGUUCAAUGACACAAUUUACCAGAACGUGCUCAAUGGGUUGCGAGGAGCCCAGUACAAUAAGCUCUCUGAUUCCAACAAACGGGAGCUCGUGAUUGAAGCCUGUAAACAAGCAAAUGCCCAUAAUUUCAUUGAAUUAUUGCCGAACGGGUACGACACGCCGGCGGGAGAACGUGCUGGCCUCCUUAGCGGCGGACAAAAGCAACGCAUAGCUAUUGCGCGGAGUAUCGUGUCUAACCCUACGAUACUUCUCUUAGACGAAGCCACCUCAUCCCUCGACUCGGAAUCCGAAAGGGCAGUCUCAAUCGCGCUGGAAAAAGCUUCGAGGGGUAAAACCACAAUUAUAAUUGCUCAUAAACUCUCGACAGUCGUCAGCGCCGACAACAUUGUAGUCCUUAGUAAGGGAGUUGUUGUGGAGCAAGGGACGCAUGCAGAACUACUUGCUUUGGGCGGGCACUAUUGCCGUCUACUCCAAGCACAAGGAAACUCUGAAGAAAGCUCGGGACGAGAGACUCCGAUUGAAGAAGAGCAGAUUUCCAAAGCCGUAUCGCGGAAGCCAACACAUCGGUCGACGAAGGCAACGCUGACGGAUAUGGCAGCGGAUAUAAAAUCGCCACUGGAAUCAGAAAAAAUAAGUCGUCGCUACAGCAUACUCUAUUGCAUGUACAAGAUUUAUUCAGAGCAUCCGUCUCUGAUAUGGCCUAGCGUUCUGGGCUUUGUAGCAGCCUUGGUCGGUGGCGCCGCAUUCCCUCUUCAAGCCGUGCUCUUCUCGCGAUUGGUCACCGUUUUCGAGGCUCAAGGACAUGAACUGGAACGCAGAGGUAACUUUUGGGCUUUGAUGUUCUUCGUCCUAGGUCUUACCCAAAUCGUGGCAUAUUUUAUUCUCUUCUACUUCUUGGGUAUUGUUGGAGCAAGACUGGGCAGGAUCUAUAGACGACAGUAUCUCCGUUCAAUGCUCCAACAAGACAUCGGGUUUUUCCAAGCUGGAGGCAACACAUCUGGAGGAUUAACGGCCCUGCUAUCUGCCGACGGGUACGAUCUCACGAUGCUUUUCGCCUCUAACUCCGGCCUCAUUCUCGUCUUCGUAACGGAUCUCCUUAGCUGCUGCAUACUUGCUAUUGCUGUGUAUUGGAAGAUGGCUUUGGUUGCUAUUUUCGGAUGCCUCCCACCGCUCCUUGCGUCUGGUUUCCUUCGAAUGAGGAUGGACUUGACAGCGCAAGACAGAUGUGCACACUCAUUUUUGGAGAGUGCGAGAUACAGCACUGAGGUUGUUUCAGCGAUUCGCACAGUCUCCAGCUUGACGAUGGAAGACAAGGUGGAGAGCAUGUAUCAUCAAAAGUUGCAAGCGGCGACGACUACCUCGACGAGGAGAAUGUUGUUCCAGAUGGCACUGUACUCGUUGUCUGAUACUUUGGCUCUUGCGGGUAAUGCGAUGGCAUUCUGGUACGGAGGCCGACUCAUCUCUUAUGGAGAACUCUCGACCACAAAGUACUUCAUUAUCUUCUCUGCGGUCAUCUUUGGUGGUCAAUCUGCUGGCUUUAUGUUUGGUUUUACGAGCAGUACCAACAAGGCCCACGCGGCAAUGAACCGCAUUCUGUUCCUCACUCACUCGAAGCCACCUAUCAACUCAUCCACAGGUGUUGACCCCAAAUCCUCACCAGUACCUGCGGAUACUCCUACCGUUGAAUUCCGGGACGUGAAUUUCCGAUAUCCGUCUCGACCCACCGUUCCUGUCCUCCGCGGUCUAUCCUUGUCUGUUGCACGUGGCUCUCAUGUAUGUGUCGUGGGGCCAAGUGGGUGCGGCAAGUCCACAGUAGUCGCUCUUCUAGAGCGUUUUUACGACCUUCAGAGCACCUCCGGCGAUGACCAGUAUCACAACUCAGGGGAAAUAUGCGUGUAUGGCCGACCGAUUGCAGAAUGGGACAUCACGAAGCUUCGCAAUAUGAUGGGCCUCGUUGCGCAAGAUACCACCCUUUACCAAGGCACGAUUCGAGAAAACGUUCUCAUAGGAAUUGACGAGAGCAAGCUUGAUUCGGAAGAAAUCGAAUCACGAAUCGACACGGCAUGUAAGCAGGCAAACAUUCGCGAUUUCAUCGUUUCCCUGCCACAAGGAUAUGCGACGGAUAUUGGAGCUAGAGGUGUCGCGCUUUCCGGAGGUCAGAGGCAACGACUUGCCCUUGCGCGGUGCCUUAUUAGCAACCCCGAUAUUCUCCUCUUGGAUGAAGCAACAAGCGCGCUUGACCCAGAGAGCGAAAAGGCCGUUCGAGAGGCGCUCGCCCAGACACAGAAAGAGAGAGAAGGGUUGACCGUGAUAAGCGUUACUCACCAAGUCGAAAGCAUGCGCGAUGCCGAUUGGGUGUUCGUAGUUGACAAGGGGACAGUUGUGGAAGAAGGUAGGUGGGAUAGUUUGAUGUCGAGGAAAGGGAGGCUUUGGGGAAUGGUUGUCCAAGGAGAGGUGAAGGGUGAGGCGUGA